UAUCCAAAUGAGAGGACCAAGAAGAGCAGGCCUAUAUAAUGGGAAGAAAAUGACAGAGAGCUCAAGAGAGGAAAUCAGACUGCAAAGGAUCAAGCGAGAGAAUAAAGAAACCAGUAAAAAUGACUCAAGGAUCUAGACUAUACUUUGCAGUGACACUUCUGAUGUGUGCGUUUGCCACCAUCCAUUGUGUCGGUCUGAAUGAGUUACUGGAGCGAGCCUCUCAACUUUCAGACAAACUUCACUCCAUCAGCACUUCUCUCACCAAUGACCUGGAUUCUCACUUUCCUCCUGUUGGAAGGGGAAUGAUGCCCCGUCCGUCAAUGUGCCAUACAUCCUCCCUUCAGAUUCCCAAUGACAAAGACCAAGCCCUGAAAGUACCGGAGGAUGAGUUGCUGUCCCUGGCUCGGUCUCUGCUGCUGGCGUGGUCCGAUCCUCUCGCCCUUCUCUCCUCUGAGGCAUCCAGCCUGGCACAUCCAGAACGCAACACCAUUAACACCAAGACCAAAGAGCUGCAGGACAACAUCAACAGUCUGGGAGCAGGUCUGGAGCACGUCUUUAACAAGAUGGGCUCAUCUUCAGACAACCUGUCCUCUCUCCCUUUUUACAUCGACAGCCUUGGCCAGGAUAAAACCUCUCGACUUGUCAAUUUCCAUUUCCUGCUGUCCUGUUUCCGCAGGGACUCCCACAAAAUUGAUAGUUUCCUCAAAGUUCUUCGCUGUCGGGCAGCCAAGAAGAGACCUGAGAUGUGUUAGAGUGGAAAUGCUGUGCUCUGCUUCUCUUAGUGUGGAUGUUAAGUUAGAAUGGCAGAGAAGAGAGUGAUUUGAAGAAAAAAAACUUCUUUAUAAUAUUAUAUAAAAAAAAAAACAUGUCCUUUAUUGUUUCUAAGAUGUAGAUUUUUGACUUUCUUAUAUACUUAAAUUAAAUUGGACCCACACAAAGAUAAAAUAAAUUAAACAAAGGCAUUUAAGUUGAACAUUUGUAUGAAGAACACAUGCACAGAGUUUAUUUGAAUGUUUGGCCAGCUUGAUGACAUUUGUAUGCUAGGUAACCUAAUUUUAUUUAUUAAGGAAAUUAUGUUGUAUCUUUAACCACUUUUCUGUAAUGCAAUAUUUAAAGCCUUGCAGCAAUGUCAAUAUAUUUCUAUCAUGCAGAUUCA